AUGUCGAGCUGGACGAGGAUGAGGUUGGAGAAGGCCGUUGAAUUCGGCUACACGAAGUACCAAAGCAGCGUGGAGGAAGACAACUGCAGGCGCCGCGCGUUCCCCCCUCGCCUGCCGAUUGCCCGCGGCGCGUUCGCGGACGAGUACAAGCGCUAUCUCAACCUCGCUGUUGAUUUCAAGCCCGCCGAAAAGAAGUAG